CUCUUCGCGCGGUUUUGUCGCGAGGUUUAGGCUUUCUUCGGGCGGUCCGUUGUGAGUGACGUCGUCGGAAGCGCCGGAAGUGACUCUCAGUCGGCCUUGUUCGAGCUGUCUUGACUUCACCGGCUGCUUCCUAACGUCGGUGGAAAAGGGGCCAGUUGAUGGAUCCAGAAGAGGGCAAUUUGUUUGACAUUCCUGAUUAUGAACACAUCCAGGAUGAAGAGUUUCAACCUCUACCUCCCCCAGUGUCCCCAGGGAGAGAUAAUGAAGAAGAGCCAGUGGGGAACGAACCCAAGGAUCCCUCUGGGAUUCCCAGGAAAGGUGUUAGAAGACCAGCACCUAAACUAGAUGCUCAAAGAUUAAUUUCAGAACGAGGACUUCCAGCUCUGCGGGAUAUGUUUGAUGAUGUAAAAUUCAAAGGCAAAGGUCACGAGGCGGCAGAUCUGAAGAUGCUUCUCAGGCACCUGGAGCACUGGGCUCACCGGCUGUUCCCCAAACUCCAGUUUGAAGAUUUCGUCGAGAGAGUGGAGCGUUUGGGAAGUAAGAAGGAAGUCCAGACGUGCUUAAAGCGAAUUAGACUUGACCUGCCCAUUUUGCACGGAGACUUCACAGGUAACGAAGGUGAUGAUGGUGAAAGGAAUGGACUUAACGCAGCUACUGAAGAACUAGAUAUUUUUUCUGAGAACCAGAAUGCAAGAGAAGAAAUGGUUGCCUCUCCAAGUGCCGCUCUGACAGAGGAGCAAUGGCAGAGAAUUGAAAGGAACAAACAAAUAGCGCUUGAGAGAAGACAAGCAAAACUGCAGCUUAACAGUCAGUCACAAGAAAACGAGCUGCCUGCGUCCCAGCCAAAGGAAGAAUACGAUGAUCCAGCAGUGAUAGAAGCAAAAGACUCAUCCUUUAAAGCAUCCGAAAACGAGAUUCAGUGUGGAUGGGAAGAAGAUAAUGAAUGAACUUUUGACUGCUUGGGAUCAGAGAACCAUCUCACCCUGAAAAAGUGGUAGCAGAGGCCCCCGUUUCUGGCUGUUGAUGAGUUUGGGAGUAUUAGCACGGAGGACCUACUGAAUGGAUUUUGGAUGCUCCCCGUUGGGCUGUUCUACUAGCUUCAUAAGUGAGAAAGCAGAUUCUGAAUCGUGGCACCAAGAACCAGGGGUGGGAGAGGCGGUCUUUUGGCAGUUCUGCAGCCAUGACUUGAAACUGGUUGUGUGAAAGUAACAGCCCUAAUUUCUUUCAGCUUGAAGGCAGCACGGUCACGUGGACGCCGAUCACUGCCUUCGAAAAACAGAACCCAAACAAUGUCACUAAGGUUGCUGUCUUUUCAAAAACUGUCUUUAUUUUGUACUCGUGAUGACAAUAAAGCUUGAAAAUAAGCUUCUGAAGGGAA